UCCUCUGCCCUUUUGCAAAUAAAUGCUUUGCAGGACCUGCUGGAUCACCCCCUGGGAGCUCCCUAGCAGGAGCAGCAUGUCCCCCUGCAAGAGCUUCAUCUUUGCAUUCUGCAUUCUAGAAAUACAUGUUCUAGCUUCAGUGCCCACUUCCAGCCAAGAGUCAAUACAAGGAGAUGGCUCUCCAUUGCCCAUAGACUGCAGAAUGGGCCCUUGGAGCGGAUGGUCACAGUGUGAUCCUUGCCUCAAACAAAUGUUUCGUUCAAGGAGCGUCGAAGUCUUUGCACAAUUUCGUGGGAAAAGUUGCCUGCAUGCUCUAGGAGACAGGCAACAGUGUGUACCCACCCAGCCUUGCGAGGAGGCCAGGGACAACUGCGGAAACGACUUUCAGUGCGGUACAGGCAGAUGCAUAAAGAGGCGACUUUUGUGCAACGGUGACAAUGACUGUGGAGACUUUUCAGAUGAGGAUGAAUGCGACAGGGAUCCCCGUCCACCCUGCCGGGACCGAGUGGUGGAAGAGUCUGAGCUGGCCCGAACAGCUGGCUAUGGGAUCAACAUUCUAGGAAUGGAUCCCCUAACCACACCUUUUGACAAUGAGUUCUACAACGGACUCUGUGACAGGGUUCGGGAUGGAAACACUCUGACAUACUACCGAAGACCCUGGAACGUGGCUUCUUUGGCCUAUGAAACCAAAGUCAAUAAAAAUUUCAGAACCGAACAUUUUGAAGAAGAGAUUCAAGUAUUGCAAAGCAUCAUCCAGGAGAAGACGUCAAGUUUCAAUGCAAACAUUGCGCUAAAAUUUACACCCACUGAAAUAAAUAAAAAUGCAGUUGAGGAGCCAGAUCAGGAAACAAAUUCCUCAGAUCGUGGAAAUUCCAGGAAUAGUUUUAAAUUUUCAUAUUUCAAAGUCGAAGCUUAUCAGAAAUUGUUGUCAUAUUCUGCAAAGAAGGAAAAAAUGUUUCUGCAUGUGAAAGGAGUGAUUGAUCUGGGUCGAUUUGUGAUGAGAAGUCGGGAUGUUGUAUUGACGACAACUUUUCUGGAUGAUGUCAGAGCUCUGCCAGCUACCUAUGAGAGGGGAGAAUAUUUUGGAUUUUUGGAAACCUAUGGAACCCACUAUAGCAGCUCCGGGUCUCUAGGAGGAUUCUAUGAGCUCAUAUAUGUUUUGAAUAAAGCUUCCAUGGAUGAGAAAGGUAUCGAGCUAGAAGACAUAAAGAGAUGCCUUGGGUAUAAUCUGGAUUUCUCUCUGCAUAUCCCUGGAACCUCUGAAGGACCUGACGUCUCAGGACAAAUUAAUAAAAAUGAUUGUUUAAAGGUCAAUCGUGGUAAAACUGUAAACAUCACCCGGGAUAACCUCAUAGAUGACGUUAUUUCUCUCAUAAGAGGAGGAACCAGGAAAUCUGCAUUUGAAUUGAAAGAGAAGCUUCUCAAAGGAGCCAAGACCAUCGAUGUGACGGACUUUGCAAACUGGGCCUCUUCCCUGAGUGAUGCUCCAGUGCUCAUUAGUCAAAAAUUGUCACCUAUAUACAAUCUGGUUCCUGUGAAAAUAAAAGAUGCACACGUGAAGAAACAGAAUCUGGAAAGAGCCAUUGAAGACUACAUCAAUGAAUUCAGUGUGCAAAAGUGCCACCCAUGUCAGAAUGGAGGAACCGUGAUCCUGCUGGAUGGACAGUGCAUGUGUUCCUGUCCACUGGCAUUUAAGGGACUUGCCUGUGAAAUCAGUAAGCAAAGACCAUCUUAAGGAUUGACAGUCUCUCUCUCCUCUAAACAAGUAGAGCUGUUGGCUUCCCUGGGUUCACAUGGAAGAAAAAUCAGCAGGACUUUGCAAUUUAAGAUCCUGCCUCGGAGAUGGUCCCUGCUGCCAAGUUAAAAGCAACAGGCUUCAUGAAAGUCCUCUCAACCCCUGAAGUCUCUUCUGUCUUAGGUCCACAAAGCCUUUGCCUCCCUCUUAAACUCCUCUAAUGUUUCCAUUUUUUAUUCCCUAAUGAAGAGUCAGUGGUGAAAUAUGCCAGGACUGCUUUUUCCCACAGGCAAUGCCAAUCUCUUGCUAAUAAAACAAAAUUAAAUUUAAAA